AAAAAAGUUAAAUUAUGUCAAAAACAAAACUUGGAGAGGAAUUUUGGAAAAAAACAGAGAAAGUCAAUGCAGAAUUAUUUGUUUUAACAUAUGGGUCAAUUGUCGCACAAUUAUGUAAAGAAUAUGAUGAUUAUGCUCAAGUAAACAAAGAACUCGAUAAUAUGGGAUAUAAUAUUGGUGUACGAUUAAUUGAAGAUUUUUUAGCACGAACAAAUAUAGGAAGAUGCAAAGAUUUUUGUGAAACAGCAGAAGUAAUUGCAAAGAUAGGAUUUAAACUUUUUCUUAAUAUCACACCAACAGUUACAAAUUUUUCUCCAGAUAAUAAACAAUUUUCAUUAAUUUUUGAUGAGAAUCCACUUUCAGAUUUUGUAGAACUUCCAGAUGAUGGAAGAGCACAGGAUGAACUUUGGUAUUCAAAUAUUUUAUGUGGCGUACUUAAAGGCGCAUUAGAAAUGAUACAGCUUCAAGUCGAAGCACAUUUUGUUAGCGAUGUAUUACGGGGAAAUGAUCAUACAGAAAUGCGAGUUGUUUUGAUUAAAGUAAUUGAUGAUGAAUUGCCUCUUUCAGAAAUUUAA